UGUGAACGAUCUUCCUUUCCUAAUCCUAGCUUUACAAUAAUUUUGGGUGGGUAUUCAAUACAUACACAGUAAAACAUAUGGACAGGGAACUAUAUUUAGCUCUCACUGAAGAUGGCAUUGAUGUCCUAAAGGGGAGAGACUGGCUUCAAGUACGUGAUCAAAUGACACCUACAAAUAAUUCGGUGCUUCAUGUUGCAUGCCAACACGGGAGUCACAAAUGCGUGCAAGAGAUACUUGAACGUGCCGAUGAAUCACUACUACUUAAGCCCAACUCGAGAGGCGAGACAGCUCUUCAUCUAGCAGCAAGACAUGCAGGGGCACUUUGACUCUGUUGAAGCACUUAUUAGUAAGGCCAAGUCUUGGGAGCAGCAACCUAAUGAUCUCGAAAACACAACUACGCUUCUGCAAAAGCUGAUUAGAGCUUCGAAUGUGGAAUUUGAGACUGCGUUGCAUGCGGCUGUUCGAUACAAUCACAAGAAAGUAGUUAGAGUGUUAGUAAAAGAAGAUCCAGGUUAUUCGUAUCCUCGGAACAAGUCUGACGAAACUCCACUUUACUUGGCUGCCGCUAGGGGUUACGGGGGUGUGACCAAAGUAAUUCUUAAGAAGUGUGAAUCACCAACAUUCGGGGGUCCCCAUGGACGAACUGCUUUGCAUGGUGCUCUGAUGAGUUCAAGAGGAUACGAAUGCAUGAGAUUUCUGUUGAGAAGCAACGCAGACCUCAUUGAGGUAUUAGAUGAUAAUGGAUGGACAGCGUUUCAUUUUGUGGCAGACAACAAUCUUCGGCGUUCUAUUGGAUAUUUAUUGGAUGCCAACAGAAGUGUGGCAUAUAUAGCAGAUAAAAAAGAUAAGAUGACGGCUCUUCAUGUAGCAGCAUAUAAAGGAUACACGAAAGUGAUAAAGAAACUUUUAAAGUAUUUGCCGGAUAUUGUGGAUAGUGUAGAUGGAAAUGGUCAAAAUAUGUUCCAUAUAGCCUUGAAGCAAAACCAGGACUCCCUUUUGAAAUUCAUUUUAUCAAAAACUUGGAAAUUUGAUACUUUAAAUACACUUAUCAUACAAAAAGACAAGGAAGGGAAUACACCACUUCACCUAAUUGGCAAGCUUGGAUAUCAUAUUCCUGGAUUGCCGCAAUGGAUACAGAAGAUUGACCAGGAAGUAGUAGACGACACAAAUUUGACUCCCGCAGAAGCGCUUUAUCAGUAUUAUUCUCCAAUCUUAAGGGAUGAUGAGGAGAACGGUGGAUCACAUCCAAUUAGAGACAUUUUUUAUAGUUUUUGGGACAAUUGGACUGGCGGUAAGAUGCCAAAGAUGGAUCGAUCUGAUCUAAGAGGUUCCAAAGAAAGGAUCGAGAUACAAAGACAAAGGGCGAACACACAUAUGGUAGUGGCUGCACUUGUGACCACAGUCGCCUUAACAGCAGGCUUCGCCAUGCCAGGUGGUUUUAACGGCAAUCUGGGACCCGAUCAAGGGUCCCCAUUACUUCUAAGAAAGCCCGCCUUUAAUAUAUUUGUGGUUGCAGAUACGGUUGCUCUCUUAUUCUCAAUUUCCUCUCUGUUUCUUUACUUCUCGUUAUCAUUCCAUCCCAAGAAGAAAGCCUUUUUUACGUUGUUCGCAUUGGCUGUAGUGCUCAACAUUGCAUCAAUUGCAGCAAUGAUGGUGGCUUUCAUUGCAGGGACUUACGGUGUGCUGUCACACUCAUUAGUUCUGGCCAUUGCUGUUUCUACCCUCUCUUCUUUAUUCUUUCUCCUUGUCUUUCCUCUUAGCUUUAGAACUUCAAUAAACAUGUUAACAGUUCCUAUAGUUCUAUCACGUUCGUGGCUUCGCCAGUUGUAUCGCAAUAUUAGAAAUCAGUACCGAAAUUCAGGUGUUGUGAGGAGGUGGCGACACUGGGGUAUUGUCAGGAAACCAUGCCAACCAGCGAGCCCUGUUUGUACAAACUUAGUCUGAACUGUAAAAUAAUGCUUUCAUGAAUUUUAUUCUGUCAAGCACAUUUUAAUAAUAUUACAAGAUGAUCCUUUGUGUGCGGCAAUUAAAUGAAAUCUACUACCCCAUUUUUGUAUAUUUACAGU